AUGCCAAUAAAAGUCGCGUCAAAAUCGAUCCAGCCAUUUCAGAGAUUAGCCAAAACAAACAGACAGACCACGAUCGGCCUGCCCAGAAAACUGCGGGAGAUACAAACGAUGGAGCGGCACGAGCAAGACAAGACUGCAAGACAGGAAACUUUGGCGAUCAUUGUGUCGGAGGCCAAGAACCACAUUGGCGAUCGUCAGUACGGCUUCCGACAGCGUCGCUCAGCUGGUGAUCUUCUUGCGUACCUCACGCAUCGAUGGUCGGAGGCAAUCGAGGGCAAGGGGGAGGCCCUGGCGGUUAGUUUGGACGUGGCCAAGGCCUUUGAUCGGGUGUGGCACAAAGCACUUCUUUCGAAGCUGCCUUCCUACGGGCUGCCCGAGAAACUACGCGCCUAG